ACCGAACCCGCACCUCUCUCCAGCACCGUUGUCCAACUGCUCCUGCGACUCGAUCGGCGAGAGGGCGACUUGUCGCCCAAAAUCAUACCAUUGCAAUUUCCGGAUUCUCUCGUUGACUCCAUUUGGAGGCAAAUCUAAGGUCCUUUCUUGAUUCAUCGCUUGUGAAAUCCUGUGGAUUGCUCACCCUGUUGAUGAAGAUCCACCUCGUAUCCCUCUGAUCCCAGGAAGAAGCUUUUUUUGCGAGCUCAGUUGUGGAGGAAGAUGGUGGAGUCAGGACCGGUUACGCCCGGACAGGUUUCCUUCUUGCUCGGAUAUCUCCCUGUUUUUAUUGCAUGGAUAUAUUCAGAAUUUUUUGCGUACCAAAAAUCUUCCUUCAUCACAAAAGUUCAUUCAGACACAAAUUUGGCCGGCCUGGAGCAAGAAACAUCCAAGGGAAAUGAUAGGGAUGCUUUAAUGGAAGGAGGCAUAUCAAGAUCCUCUGCUAUAAGAUCCCGACAUACAUCAGUCAGGGCAAAUUUAUUCAGGUUUAUAUCAAUGGACAAGUCUUUUUUGCUAGAACAUAGAGCAUUGUUGAGAGCCAUGGCAGAAUUUGGAGCUAUUCUUAUUUACUUCUACAUCUGUGAUCGAACAAAUCUGUUUUCACAAACCACCAAGAGUUACAGCCGGGACCUAUUUCUUUUUCUUUAUAUUCUCCUUAUAAUAACUUCAAUCCUGACGUCUCUAAAAAAGCAUAAUGACAUAUCAUCUUUUACUGGGAAAUCCAUAUUAUAUCUGAAUCGUCAUCAAACUGAUGAAUGGAGAGGAUUGAUGCAGAUUUUAUUCUUAUUGUACCACUAUUUUGCUGCUGCCGAAAUAUACAAUGCAAUAAGAGUCUUCAUUGCUGCUUAUGUUUGGAUGACUGGCUUUGGGAACUUCUCUUACUAUUACGUACGCAAGGAUUUUAGUGUUGCUCGGUUUGCUCAGAUGAUGUGGCGGCUAAAUUUGUUUGUGGCAUUUUGCUGCAUUGUCCUAAACAACGAUUACACAUUGUACUAUAUUUGUCCAAUGCACACUCUUUUCACUCUUAUGCUUUAUACUGCACUUUCCAUCUACAACAAAUAUAAUGAGAUUGCACCUGUAAUGGCUGUCAAGAUAAUAUGCUGCUUUCUUAUGGUCAUCUUCAUAUGGGAGGUACCUGGAGUGUUUGAUAUUGUGAUGGGUCCUUUUACCUUCCUACUAGGAUACAAAGAUCCCAAUCCUUCCAAAGCAGGGUUGCCGCUCUUGCAUGAGUGGCAUUUCAGAUCUGGCCUUGACCGCUAUAUCUGGAUCAUAGGCAUGAUAUGUGCAUAUUAUCACCCAACUGUUGAAAGAUGGAUGGAGAAGCUCGAGGAAUCUGAAACUAGAAGGAAAUUGUACAUAAAGACAAUCAUAGUCUCAUCAUCCUUGUUGAUUGGGUAUUUGUGGUAUGAAUUUAUCUACAAGCUAGACAAAAUUACCUACAACAAGUUCCAUCCAUAUACAUCAUGGAUUCCUAUCACUGUCUACAUUUGCCUGCGGAAUUUCACCCAGCAGCUUCGGAGCUCCUCCCUCACUCUUUUUGUCUGGAUUGGUAAAAUCACACUGGAGACCUACAUCUCUCAAAUCCAUAUUUGGCUGAGGUCAGGCAUGCCGAAUGGGCAACCCAAAUGGCUUCUCUGCUUCAUUCCGAGUUAUCCUUUACUCAAUUUCCUGCUUACUACGGCAGUUUAUCUCUUUAUAUCCCGCAGGAUAUUUAACCUGACGAAUUUGUUGAAGACUAAUUUCAUCCCUAGCAAUGAUAACAAACGCCUCUUUCAAAAUUUCGUUUUUGGGGCCAUGAUUUCUAUUUGCUUGUAUUUCAUGUCCUUGGUUCUUCUUCACAUCCCCGGAAUAUCGGGAUAACGAGUUGCAAUCUGCAUCGAAAACGAGGAGUUCUUUUCUACUGGGAAGUGAAAUUCUGGAAUCUUGUACAAGAUGCUCUCAGGGUUCCUGCUUUACUCAGCAUUUACAUUCUGAUACAUGCCCUUUUGAUUGCUUCAUUACACGCAUGAUCCAAUUUUGCUUUGGCACGCAGAUACCGAGGAAAUAGCUAAGAAAAGAAGCUAGUGUGUUUGUAUUUACGUGUAUCCGAGAAGGUGUGGGAGUAGAGAUUGCAAGGAUUUUUUUUAUUCUUUUUAUGUUUUUGUUGUUGUUGGUUUUAUUAAUUGCACUUAGAUUUCAUUAUUUCAUUGAUUCUGCUUUUGUGUUUGUAAACUAGGGUCAAAAAUUGACUUAAUGUCGGCAAUAACUCCGUCAUGAAUCAUUCAUUAUAUACUACACCAGUCAUACAAA